GGAAGACGCGGCCCGGGCAGCUGCGCAGGAGGCGAGGACCCGGCGGCGGGGAGAGAGGAGUGGGGAGCCGGCGGCCGCGGGGCGCGGGAGGCGGGAGCAGUCCGGCUGCGGCGGCGGUCGCGGGAGCAGGCGGGCUCCGCGGGGCUCGGCGGGCGCCCGGGCGCGGCUGGCUCCGGAUCCCUACCUGCGCAGACAUCGAGUCAACGAGUAAGCUGAGCACAUUCAACUAGAAGAGAAUCAAAGAGAGAGUCAUCAUGGCUUCAGUGUCUACUCACGGAAACCAAGAUAAAGGCCACCAUUUGCCACCACCAAGCAAGCAGAGUCUGUUGUUUUGUCCGAAAUCAAAACUGCACAUCCACAGGGGAGAGAUUUCGAAGAUUAUCCGAGAAUGUCAAGAAGAAAGCUUCUGGAAGAGAGCUUUGCCUUUCUCUCUUGUGAGCAUGCUUGCCACCCAAGGACUAGUCCACCAAGGUUAUUUAGCAUCUAACCCAAAAUUUGGAUCAUUGCCCAAAGUUGCACUUGCAGGUGUCUUGGGAUUUGCCCUUGGAAAGGCGUCAUACAUACGAGUAUGCCAGAGUAAAUUCCAUUCCUUUGAAGACCAGCUACGUGGGGCUGGUUUUGGUCCAGGGCAUAACAGGCACUGCCUGCUCACCUGUGAGGAAUGCAAAAUUAAGCAUGGAUUACAUGAGAAGGGAAGUUCGUAGCCUUCCGCUUCCUAAACUUCUAUCUAUGGCUUUUGAUGUUUCUCAAACCUCUGAAUUUGUACACAUUUAAAAUUUCCAGUGUACUUUAAAAUAAUAUACGUAGAGUGGAACAGAAA